CGGGCUGCCGAAGCUGGUAGGUGAUUCUGCGGUAGCUGCGGUAACGGUGGCGGCGGCUGCGGCUGCGGAGACUGGCAGGAAGCGGCCGCAGAGGAUAGAUCAACAAAACUCAGUUAUUUAGUUGCUGAAACUUCCCUGCCAACAUGGGGGAGCUUUUCCGAAGUGAAGAGAUGACAUUGGCACAGCUUUUCCUACAAUCUGAAGCUGCUUAUUGUUGUGUCAGUGAAUUGGGGGAACUUGGGAAGGUUCAGUUCCGGGAUUUAAAUCCAGAUGUGAAUGUAUUCCAACGAAAAUUUGUCAAUGAAGUUCGGAGAUGUGAAGAAAUGGAUCGUAAACUCCGGUUUGUUGAGAAGGAGAUAAGAAAAGCUAAUAUCCCUAUCAUGGACACAGGUGAAAACCCAGAGGUGCCUUUCCCCCGGGACAUGAUUGACCUAGAGGCAAACUUUGAAAAGAUUGAAAAUGAACUGAAAGAAAUCAACACAAACCAGGAAGCUUUGAAGAGAAACUUCCUGGAACUGACGGAAUUAAAAUUUAUACUACGCAAAACUCAGCAGUUUUUUGAUGAGGCUGAAUUGCAUCAUCAGCAGAUGGCGGAUCCAGACCUGUUGGAGGAGUCAUCAAACCUCUUGGACCCAAGUGAAAUUGGAAGAGGCACACCCUUACGGCUUGGCUUUGUGGCUGGUGUGAUUAACCGGGAGCGCAUCCCUACAUUUGAGCGCAUGCUGUGGAGAGUGUGCCGGGGGAAUGUGUUCCUGCGUCAAGCUGAAAUUGAAAACCCCCUGGAGGAUCCUGUAACUGGAGACUACGUGCACAAGUCUGUAUUUAUUAUUUUCUUCCAAGGUGAUCAACUGAAAAACAGAGUCAAGAAAAUUUGCGAAGGGUUUCGAGCUUCACUCUAUCCCUGCCCUGAGACACCACAGGAGAGGAAGGAAAUGGCUUCUGGAGUUAACACCAGGAUUGAUGACCUCCAAAUGGUUCUGAACCAAACAGAGGAUCACCGACAGAGAGUCCUCCAGGCAGCUGCUAAAAACAUCCGUGUCUGGUUCAUCAAAGUUCGGAAGAUGAAGGCCAUCUACCAUACUCUGAACCUGUGCAACAUUGAUGUGACCCAGAAGUGUCUGAUUGCUGAGGUCUGGUGCCCUGUUGCUGACCUAGAUUCCAUCCAGUUUGCUCUAAGGAGAGGCACGGAGCAUAGUGGCUCUACAGUGCCUUCCAUUCUGAACAGGAUGCAGACAAACCAGACUCCCCCAACUUAUAACAAAACCAACAAGUUUACAUCUGGCUUUCAGAAUUUGGUAGAUGCUUAUGGCAUUGGAACAUACCGGGAGAUUAAUCCAGCUCCUUAUACCAUCAUCACUUUCCCUUUCCUGUUUGCUGUGAUGUUUGGAGACUUUGGCCAUGGGAUUUUGAUGACUCUCUUUGCUAUCUGGAUGGUGAUGCGAGAGAGCAGAAUCCUCUCCCAGAAGAAUGAGAAUGAGAUGUUUAGCACUGUGUUUAAUGGUCGAUAUAUCAUUCUGCUUAUGGGUGUGUUCUCCAUUUACACUGGACUUAUCUACAAUGACUGCUUUUCCAAAGCACUUAACAUAUUUGGGUCAUCCUGGAGCGUCAGGCCAAUGUUUGCAUCUAAUUGGACAGAAGAGACACUUCGGGGAAAUCCUGUUCUCCAGUUAGACCCUGCCAUCAAAGGUGUAUUCGAGGGACCUUAUCCUUUUGGCAUUGAUCCGAUUUGGAACAUUGCUACCAAUAAACUGACCUUCCUCAACUCAUUUAAGAUGAAAAUGUCUGUCAUCCUUGGUAUAAUCCACAUGAUAUUUGGUGUUACUCUCAGCCUUCUCAACCAUACCUAUUUCAAGAAGCCUCUGAAUAUCUACCUUGAGUUUAUUCCUGAAAUUAUCUUCAUAACUUCAUUGUUUGGCUACUUGGUUAUCCUCAUUUUUUAUAAAUGGACAGCCUAUGAUGCUCAUUCUUCUAAGGAUGCACCAAGCCUUCUGAUCCAUUUUAUAAACAUGUUCCUUUUCUCCUACUCGGACUCCAGUAAUAAGAUGCUUUAUUCUGGGCAGCAAGGAGUUCAGUGCUUUCUGGUGGUGAUUGCAAUGCUGUGUGUUCCAUGGAUGCUGUUGUUUAAGCCACUGAUCCUUCGCCAUCAGUAUUUAAGAAGGAAACAUUUGGGAACUCACAACUUUGGUGGGAUCAGGGUGGGCAACGGACCGACUGAGGAGGAUGCUGAGAUUAUUCAGCAUGACCAACUCUCCACCCAUUCAGAGGACGCAGACGAGUUCAACUUUGGUGACACCGUGGUGCAUCAAGCCAUCCACACCAUUGAAUAUUGCCUGGGCUGCAUCUCUAACACAGCCUCCUACCUUCGGCUCUGGGCCCUCAGCCUUGCUCAUGCCCAGCUGUCUGAGGUGCUGUGGACCAUGGUGAUCCAUAUUGGUCUGAAGGUGGAGAGUUUAGCAGGAGGUUUGGGCCUGUUCUUCAUCUUUGCAGGAUUUGCCACACUGACUGUUGCCAUCCUUCUGGUGAUGGAGGGCCUUUCUGCCUUCCUCCAUGCACUAAGGCUGCACUGGGUUGAGUUCCAGAAUAAGUUCUACAGCGGGACUGGCUUCCAGUUCUUCCCCUUCUCCUUCGACCACAUUCGUGAAGGGAAGUUUGAAGAGUGAUCCAGUGGUCCAGCCUGUCCCAGACCACAUCGUUCCCCUGUUGUGAUGAUUAGACAUCUGUGGAAGUCAUGUAGACUGUGAUUGCUCCCCUGUUCUGUCUCUGAUCCCCACAGCUUUGUGUUCCCUGAAGAGUUUGAGCAGCACAGCCGUGAUUCUGAUGUAGCCACUGACUAGAGAGCCAACUUAACCUUCCCAGCCUCCUGCCAUUAGACAUUAUAUAGAGACGGGAAGACCUCUCCCUCUCCAGUCUGUGGUUCACUACUCUUCUCACCUUUGUACCUAAGUAGUAACAGGUGUUUGGGGGAGUUGACAUCAUUUUUUUUCUUCCCCUCUUGUUAGACAAGGGAAACAAUAGCUCCCCAAUUGUGUGUGUACCCUGAAACUCUAACAGGAAUUAUUGGAGGAAUUCCCAAAUCUCUUUCCUCAGGAAGGAGGAGCUUCACUUAAACUCAAUAACAGAUCUUGGAAGGUGGAAAUUUGUACCUCCUUCCCUGUGCCCUUCAACCGUGAACCUUUGUGAGUUUUGUUGCAAUCUGGAGCUCAAAUGGAGCAGAAAGAGGGUGGAAGUGGCCUGGGCAUAGGCCCAGGAACUCCUCCCUCUUUCCUCUUCAAAACCCACGUGUUCUAAGGAGGUUUCUUUAUUUGAGAUUCCUAACUCCUCAAUCCCUCCCAUAUAUCCAAAGUGCAAAGGAGUUAUUCAGAGCAAAAGUCCUUGCUUUCUCCUUAACCCAUUGGGAUUUCCUUCUCCUAGCUGACAUUUAUCCUCCGCUCCCAGGCCUUCCACAACUCCUUUGUCCCCCAUCUCUUUGCUGGUUUGGGGUGGGGGGGUGAGGACAGCUGAACACUAUUUUGCACUGAGACUUAACCUAUUUGGAACAGAACAGGAGAGCCCCAAAGAUCCUGACCCCUUCCCUCCUCCACAAUCAUGCUGUUUUGGUAUGGACUAUGACCACUCACAAUGAUUCUCUUUGUGAGACUGGUGGACCUUCCUUGUUUUUCAGAGCUCUUGUGCCCUUUCCCACCCUCGAACUUACUUUUCAGAAAUAUCUAUAGUUGGACAUGGGAAGUGGUGCCACGGAAAAGCAGCUUCACCUCCAUCCAGGUUGCUGAAUGUAGAUCAGUGUACUGUACUUUUGUACUUGACCCACACUGGGCUGUCGGCUUUAUGGCCCUUUAAUCAUGUGUUGUUGCAAUGGCCCUGGUAGCCAUGACAGUGGUAGCUAAAUUGGCAUCUGUCCCCACACAUUCCCUAAAUUGGCCAGCCAUAUCCUUACUAUCAUUCCUGGCCUUUACAAAUAAAUUAGUAUAGGGAAUUCCUCUGACCACUGCCCUCUUUGUCAGGCAGUGAGAGGGUGUUUGAGUCUAUCUGGGACAUGUGAGCACAACUCUGAAGGGAAGAUGGUUGGGGGAGAAAGGGGGGAUGGUUCUACUUCCCCAGGGAAAAGAAAUGUAUGAACCAAAGAGGCUGGCAUUGGAAAAUGAGAUCAGGGGAAGCUUGGUUCCUUGUGUGUUUGUUGCUGUGACCUGCCUCAAUUCCUUGUGCAUGGUGCUCCCCUGCCCACCCUGGCCCUUGUUUACAUGACUUUUGCUGUGUGUUUACAGUAGAGUUUGUUUAAAAUGGAGUCACCUAAGAGGAAGCCCUGUGCAAGGGCCCUCUGCAAGCAUGCCUAUGCUGAAUAAAGUGUGCUUAGUUUCACUCAGAAA